AUGACACUUCCGGCAUGGUGUCAAAGCAAGCAACGGAUUAUUUAUGCAAACAAAUGCCAAUAAGCAGCUGAACUAAAUUGAAAACUAAUGUAUAUUGAAGCAUGUUUUCAAUCCAACACAAGAACAAGACAAAUAUAAAAAAAGUUUCAUGAUGGAGACAGAAGUUGCCAAAGGGGAGGACAUGGUUGACCGCAAAGCAAAAGCUAAUCUGACUUACCUGAGAUAUUUGCCUAGUGUAGUAUUAGUUGUAGCAUUAGGGUUGGGACUGUACACACAAUGGCAGUUCACACAGAACAAUGUUAUUCUAGGAUUUGCAAUACUGGGAUUUUUCGUUUUUGCAGUCUCCUGUGCUUUGCGAUAUUAUUUUAAUUUUGAACUCAUUGGACAGACAUUAUUGCAUAUAUGGCUAGGAUGUAUCCUCGGCAUAAUUAUAUUUGCAGAUCAAAAAGAGAUUGCGUUUGUAAUGUCGCAAGAAGUGACAAAUGUUUUGUUAGUAACAAGUGCUGUAUUAACAUGGUGUUGGAAUCUGUUAGAGAGGAUGUUACAUUUAGUAAAACACGAAGCAAAGAUGUUUACAACAGUACAAAUUUUAGAAAGUAUUGGAUUAAUGAUCUCAACACUUGUAACAGGAAAAGAUGCCUUAUCUUUUUCACUUUUGGUGCUUGCAUUUAAUGUACAUUUAGCAUCUAUUAGACUAAAAUCAUUCCUAGGAUUACUGAGUUUUAUAGCAAUGGUGUGUCUUUCUGUUUUUGUAAUUUUUCAGCAGGUUGAAUUGUCGGGAAACUUUUAUGGACUAGCCUGUUUCGCAGCAAGACAUUCCUUUGAACCAUUCAUUGAUUUAUAUUUUUCUGGUUUAACAACACUGCAAAGAUGGCAAGGAUUUUUUAAUCUUUCAAAAUAUUUAAGAUACAUAUUCGUUCUUGCUGUAUUUGCCUUUAACAUUGCAACAGGUGCUGUGAUUGGUAAACUGUCAGCCAAUCACAAAGAGUGGUACAUUGUUGUACCUUUAACUGUUUUCUUUGCCUGUAUCUGGCUAUGUUUUCAUUUGACAUAUUUUAUAACAUGCUGGAAACUUAUGUCCAAAAUCACUGAAUGCAAUCUUACAUAUAAUAGCUUGACUGAUGAGCGUAAGAAUAUGAGCAGAAUAAUGGCUUCAAAAGGAGUACGCCAUUUCAGUUUGAUCUCACAAAGACUCAUCUGUAUAACUUUGUUGACUACAGUUCUACUUGGAGGAUUAGGAUGGGAAACUGGAAAGGAUAAGCCAUACAGUUUAGGAAUGAUAUUACUGGUAGUACCAAUAGAAUGUAUGACACUGAGUUUGUUCUGGUACCUUGGUGAUAAUCUUGGUGGCACAGCAACAGGCUAUGCAGUUAUUGCUCCUGUAACUGGUCAUAAGAGGGGAUCAAGAGUAAAUAUUAUGUCACAAGAGGCAAUGCAAGAUAUGGGGACAAGGGCUACAACCACUUUGAACAAAGUCAGUUCUUUCUUCAACUAUCACAUGAUAGACAACUACGGCUGUGAUUACUCAACAAGUGGGCUAGCUAUUGACUAUUUAGAGUCUAAAUUAAAGGCCUUCUUUGACAGAAGAAUGUCAGACGGACCAAAGUAUGACUCUUAUAUCUUGUAUUUCAGUGGAGAUGUAUAUGAAAAUGGUGAAUGGGCUUUAUCUGAUAAUAGUGGUUUGAAACUGGAGACUCUACUAGAAUGGUGGGCAUCUAAAAAUUCUGGAUUAGGGACCAGAUUAAUCUUAAUUCUUGAUACUACACAUUCCUAUAUGUGGGCUAAAGAUGUACAAAGAGUUUGGGGAGAAUAUGUUGCAAUACAAACAUGUACAUUCCAGAAACCCAAGGACAUAGAAUUUGGUAAUUGUGCUCAGGUUGGCACUUUUACACAAGAUUAUGUACAUUUUAAUGCUGAGGCAGAAAUAUUUCCUGGUUGGUCAGCAAAAGAGAGGACAGUAAAAGCAGUAUAUAAAGUUUCUAAAUGUUGGACAGAUUUCACAUUCCAUUUACCAACUGUAGAUGAGAUAUAUAAUCAUUGGGAUAGCAGCUUCCCAAGAUGUAUGAAACCUUUGAUAAAAGCUGUGAAUAUUGGUGGUGCAGGGAGCCUUUGUUUCUGUUGUCAAUGUCUAACAAGGUGUUUAAAAAGGAAGAGAAUGAAGUGGCUUCCUCCAAAACAAAUUGAUACUGGACAUGGUUUUAAAUUGAUAAGAUCAUAGCUGUAAUUUUUAUGUGCCAUAAUGACUUUCAUGUACAUUAGGAAUUAUCAAUGUUUGUUAAUAAUCACCCAUUAUUUAUCAAGAAUUUUUCUUGCACCAAAUUUGGAUAGGGAAAUUAAAUAUUUGCAAAUGUUUAGUGUCUGCUAACUAUGUUACCUAAACAGAAAAGAUGUAUAAUGACAAUUUAUCAGUAAAACCCAUCAAAUCAUGAUUUUGAAAAUUUUUGUUACUGUAAGAGAAACAGAUUAAUGGUUUGAACAGCAUAAUAAAUUAUUUCCUAAGUUUAUAUACCAAAUAUGUGUUUCAUUAGAACAAAGGAGGUGCAUGAGGUAUAUAAAUUAGCUUAUAAAUGCCAUAUGACUUCAUGCUACAAUCUAAGUCACUAAAAUUUAUAACAAUCACCAAAAGAUAUUUUGAGGACUUCUAACCCAAUUUGGUGUCCUUAUUUACAGCUUUAUGCCAAAGAGGACACGGCUAAAUGCAAGGUUGAAGCAGAUUCAGAUUCAAUAUUUUAUGAAAGUCUCCCCACAUACAAUUACAUAAAUUUACACAAUAAAAUAUUCAUACAGGUACAUAAAACAGACAUGUAUAACAACAAACUUUAAAUUCACAUCGUAUGUGCCAAUCUUAAAAGAUUUAUGAGAGACUGUAUAAUCAAUACUAUUAAAAAACAAUAAGAUAUUGUACAUAUUAUAUAUGAUAUAUAUUUGCUCAUGAAUAUCAUUAAAAUACAGCAUGUUAAUUUAAUAAACAAUCACAGUUAUUUUAAUGUUAAAUUAUAAAAUUGUAACACCCUUUGAAAAUGUGUUAAUAAUUACAACUUGCUCUUAUUAUAUAUUCACCAGUGAAACAAUAACUUAUCAACAAAGUGAAAUACAUAAUUUUUAAGUGAUCAGUUUCUAGAUACAGGCAGAUAGUGAAAGAUUUAAAAAAAAAAUCAUGAUUACAUGUAUAUUGCUUAAUUCCAAAAUAGGAUUUUCCAAGCCAUGUUAUAUUUAUGCUCAGUUUUAAUUUACUUAUGAAAGAAUGGAAAUAUAAUAAUAUUUAUCUUUAUUUUAUACUAAAAUCAUAACGACUAUAUAUAUAUAUAUGCAUACAUGAUGGGAUACACAUUCAUUGACAUCAUGGACAUAGUGUACAUAGAAUAGUCAUGAUAGUAGAAUGUUUUGUGUAACUUAUUCAAUACGUGUACAUUGAAGUUUUUCUUCAUUACAUAAAAGUUUAAGAUAAAAUAGAACAAAUGGUGCUGAACUCUUUAUUUAUUUAUCCUUUGCACUUUUAUUUGUGUCCCUUAAAUGUAUUGAUAACAUACAUGUAACAAUCAUGACCAGUUCUGAUGUACAGGCCUUUAAAUUCUAUUUUCUAUGAAAAUGAUUUAAGGAAGCUGUGAAGUAACAUUUUAAUUGUUACAAAGGUUUCAUAUCAGUACAAGUGCUCAAUGUUAUGUUAUUUUUGUUACUUUUCACAUGAUAUAUAAUUGAAAAGAUACAGUUUAUAUACCAUUUAUAUUAAGUGCAUAUGUUUAUUUGGUGUUUUACAUAUAUCAGUGAGAGUAUUAGCUUGUUAUAUUUAUCAACUGUGCGAUUUUGUUUUAGAUGGCCAAAAGAACAAGUCUAAAGACUAAGCCAUUGAUAUUUAACAAUCUUGUGAUAUAUACUUGUGGGUUUGUGUCAAAUCUUUGUUGAUAUUUAUGAUAUAUGAAUGUGAACAAUGCAGAUGUUGGAUGUAGGCAUUUUAUUAUAGAGCAGAAAUUUGGAAUAUUGAAAAGUAGAUUAAUUUAAAUAUUGACAUGAUUGAUGUCUUCAUGAUUUUAUGAAUAUCUUUUGGUAAAUCUUAGAAUCUUAUGUCAAUUCCUGAUAUCUUUCUUUUGAAUGAUAAUUUAAAAAUUACCCCAGCAACAAUAACUUUUGAAUUUCAAUAUAAUGGUACCAUAAACCUUUAAACAUGGUUAAAACAGGUAAAGUCUACCGUUCCUCCAACAAGAUCUGCCCCUUCCAAUGACAGUCAGGUUAGAGAUAAAGGCUACUGUUAGACUAUAAUUGUUUUAUAUGAUCUCAACAUAUAUCCUACAGAUUUGUGUUGGCGAUUUUAAUGUCACUUUAUGAUUUAAAGAUCAUUUUCCUUACAAAAAGGAAAUAAGUUCUAUUAAAAAAGUACAUGUUUUAUGAUGAAUUAUUGUUAUAUAUUGUCAUAAUAAUGUGUUUUUGUGAUAUUUUUAAUAAAAGGUUUUUUAUAAAUGGGAAAGAAUUUUUUUAAU